UCGAAGAACGUCAACAUUCUUAAUCAUGUCGCUAAACGGUCUGGCACGAUUAUGGGUGAGCUUGAGGCGCAGCUGCUUAAAGCUAAUCCGAUAUUGGAAGCAUUUGGUAAUGCGAAGACUAUAAAAAACGACAAUUCAUCCCGAUUUGGCAAAUUCGUCCGAAUUAACUUUGACACCUCUGGUUUCAUCGCUGGCGCGAAUAUUGAAACAUAUCUGUUAGAAAAAGCUCGUGUUGCCCGGCAGUCACCGGAUGAACGGAGUUUCCACAUAUUCUAUCAGCUUUUGACUUCGGCUUCUUCGGAAAUGCAGGAGAAACUGCUAUUGGAUCAGGCGAACUCGUACCGCUUCAUGUCCAACGGCAUGUUGGAAAUUCCUGGAUUGGAUGAGCGACAGGCUUAUCUUGAGACCACCGAGGCAAUGGAUAUCAUGGGUAUCUCUGCUGAGGAUCAGUGGGCUAUCUUCCGGGUUAUCUCGGCAGUGUUGCACCUCGGCAAUUUGGAUUUCCGCCAAGAACGCAAUUCCGAUCAGGCAACUUUGCCGGAUACGUCAGUGGCUCAAAAGGUUUCGCAUUUGCUCGGUAUCCCCCUCAACGAGAUGACUAAGGCUUUUCUAAAACCAAGAAUCAAAGUUGGAAAAGACAUGGUAUCCAAAGCGCAGACCAAGGCACAAGUCGAAUCCGCUGUUGAGGCCAUUUCCAAAUCUAUAUACGAACGCCUCUUUUUAUGGCUAGUGGCCCGAAUCAAUCAAACUCUAGACCGUACUAAACGCCCCGGAGCCUCCUUUGUUGGAAUUCUGGACAUUGCCGGAUUCGAGAUUUUCCAGGUCAAUUCAUUCGAACAGUUGUGCAUCAACUACACCAACGAGAAGCUUCAGCAGCUGUUCAACCACACCAUGUUCAUCAUGGAACAGGAUGAGUACAGUCGCGAAGGUAUCAAGUGGGAUUUCAUCGACUUUGGCCUGGAUUUGCAGCCCACCAUCGAUUUGAUCGAAAAGCCUUUAGGCAUUUUAGCCUUGCUAGACGAAGAAUGUUUUUUCCCAAAGGCCACAGAUAAGUCAUUUGUGGAGAAGCUACUGAAGACUCAGGAGAACCAUCCUAAAGUGUGCAAACCAGAGUUCCGAUCUUCAGCGGACUUUGGGGUGUUACAUUACGCUGGCCGAGUGGACUACAGUUCCGCACAAUGGCUCACCAAAAAUAUGGACCCACUGAAUGACACUGUAGUCAACCUGUUCCUCACCUCAAAUGAUCCUCUGGUGCAGGCAAUUUAUCAAGACGCUGAAAUCGUGGGCAUAUCAUCCACUGCAAGCACCGACACAUCGUUCGGUGCCACUCGCGGGGUUCGUAAGGGCAUGCUGCGUACCGUCGGUCAGUUGUACAAAGAGUCGCUCAAUCGCCUAAUGAAUGUGCUCAAAAAUACAUCCCCUAGCUUUGUACGCUGCAUCAUUCCGAAUCACGAGAAGCGUCCGGGGCGCAUCGAUGCACCUUUGGUGUUGGAUCAGCUCAAGUGUAAUGGUGUCCUCGAAGGUAUUCGCAUCUGUCGUCAAGGUUUUCCGUCUCGUGUGCUGUUCCAGGAAUUUCGGCAGCGAUAUGAAAUCCUCACCCCAAAUAUAAUAUCAAAAGGUUUUAUGGAUGGUCGCAAGGCUGUGAUGAAAAUGUUGGAAGUGCUAGAGUUGAACGCCGCUCUGUACCGCAUCGGACAUAGCAAGAUAUUUUUCAAAGCCGGCGUUUUGGCCCAAUUGGAGGAAGACCGUGACAUCCAUCUGACAGACGUGAUCAUCCGAUUCCAAGCCCGCGCUCGUGGCUAUCUGGCCAGACGCGCUCGCGAGAUGCGAAUUCAACACCGACAAGCGAUUACCGUUAUUCAGCGCAACUGCGUGGCCUAUUUGAAGCUGCGCAAUUGGCCGUGGUGGCGCCUAUUCACCAAAGUUCGUCCCCUGUUGGCUGUCACUAGACAAGAGGAGUUGGUUGCCGCAAAGGAAGAUGAACUUCGAAAGGUUCAAGAGGCCCUCGAGAAAAUCACCACCGAUCACACCGAGGUGCAACGAGCGUACGAGAAGCUGACCAAAGAGAAAAACCAGCUGCAAGCGGAACUCGCGCAGGAACAUGAGUCUAGUCAAAAUGUACUCGAGGAACGCAUGCGGUUGUUGGAAAAGGUUCGCGCUUUGGAGGAAGAUUACUUGGACUUGGAGAGCAAAGGUGCUGAGGAUAAAACGAAGCUACAAGCUGCUGAGCACGAGAUGAAACGACUCAAGGAACAACUCGCUGAUGUGUCUGAUCAACUGGAAGCGGAGGAACAGCAACGGCAGAAGAUGCAGGUAGAAAAAAAUGCCAUUGAGCAACGAAUGACUCAGUUGAACACUGAAUUCGUCAGUGUGGAAGACAAACACAACAAGCUCCUCAAAGACAAGAAACUUCUGACCGAUCGUGUCAACGACUUGACUGCCCAACUGGCCGAGGAGGAAGAACGUAAUAAAGCGCUACUCAAGCUGAAGACUAAAUUCGAAGGUAGCAUACAGGAUUUGGAGGAACGACUAGCUCGGGAGCAGAAAGCUCGACAAGAUCUGGACCGUUCGAAGCGCCGACUGGAGGCGGAAGCUGCUGAGCGUUCUGAGCAAACCGCGGAGCAGUUGCGCAGUGUGGAGGAGUUGCAAAACACAGUCAGCAGGCUUGAGUCGGAGCUUGCUGCGCUGCAGGCUCGUUUGGACGAAGAGAUUGUUGCACGGGCUGUGGCUGUUAAGAAGGUCCGCGAAUGCGAGUCCAUCAUACAAGAGCUGAAGGAAGAUGUCGAAACAGAGCGAAAAGCCCGGGAUAAGGCAGAAGAAGCCAAACGGGAUUUGAUGGAGGACGUCGAGGCUAUGCGAUCGGAGCUGAUGGACAGUGGCUCCAAUUCGAUGGCACAAACGGAAGCCCUACGCAUUUACGAGGCCGAGGUGGCUAAUCUGCGCCGGCAGCUGCAAUCUCAAGUUGCCUCACACGAAUCCGCUAUUCAGGAGCUCCGAACUAACCACGCCGUUGCCAUUGAAGGCCUUAAUGAACAAUUGGAGCAAGCGAAGAAAGCGAGGGCCUCACUAGAGCGCUCUAAAGCACAGCAGGAUUCUACGCUAGAGGAGUUUCAGAAGCAAAUUCAGAGUUUACAAAUGGGAAAAAACGAAUUAGAAAAGCGUCGUCGACAAGGCGAUCAGCAGCUCAAUGAAUCCCAUGUAAAAAUCCAGGAAUUGGAGCUGCAACGAAGUGAGCUUGACAGUCGAUUGACAAAAGCUCUUGCCGAUGUGGAAGCAUCGAACUCCUCUCUCGAGGACCUGGAAUCCAAAUUAACCCGAGUGACUCGUUCAGAAGCUGCUCUUACUGCAGAGCUCAACGAGGUUCGCCUCCGACUAGAUGAAGAAACACGUAUCAAGCUUGCACUUCAAUCGCAAAUACGUCAGGUGGAGGAUGAGCGAGAAAGUGCUAAAGAUGCGUUGGAUGCGGAAGAACAAGUGAAAAUGGCACUAGAGAAACACGUGUUGGCACUCACGCAACAGAUGCAGGACGCGAAGAAAAAGGUUGAAGAAGAUGUUCACCAAAUUGAACAACUAGAAGAUGGCCGGAAAAAGCUGCUCCGCGACCUUGAUGCCGCGACAAACCGCAAUGAAGAACUGGUUGCCCAAGUUGAGAAACUGGAAAAGUCACGAAAAAAGCUACAAAGCGAACUUGAAGAUGUUAAUCACGCUAUGGCAACCCAGCGGUCAGAUCAGGCUAGCAGCGAGCGCAAAGUAAAGAAAUUGGAGAGCGCUCAUAAUGAAGCUUUGAAUCAGGUGAAUCAGCUUCAGGCGGAGAAACAGUCGUUUGAUCGGGAAAUGCGCGACCGCGAUACUCGACUCCUCAUGUAUCGCAAUGAAAUUGAUGACUUAAAGGAACGCCUGGAGGAAUCUGAGCGCCAGCGAAAUUUGCUGACCCGCGAGCUUGAAGAUUUAGGCUCUAAUCGAGACGGUGCCGGAAAGACCAUGAUGGAAUUAGAACAAGUCAACUAUCAGUUGGACCAACAGCUUCGCGAGGCACGUCAACAGUUGGAGGAACUUGAAGAUGAAGUUUCAACUGUGACUAUGGAGAAACAACGGGUUGAGGUUCAGAUGAAUGCCGUCAAGACGCAGCUGGAACGCGAGGCGGCCUCCCGUGAUGAAGCACUUGAAGAACAGCGUCGCCAGGCCCUAAAGCAAUUGCGGGAACUAGAAGCGGAGCUGGACGACGAAAAGAAGCAGCGUGCCAAUCAUUUGGCUGUGCGCAAAAAGUUGGAAGGUGAUUUGGCCGACUCUAUCCAGCGACUCGAGCUAGUCACUCGCCAAAAGGAUGAAGCGGUGAAGCAGUUGAAGAAAUUCCAAAGUGUUGGUGGUGGAAUGCAACGCGAGCUGGAGGACGCUGUGCGCUCCCGCGAUCAAGCACUAGAGCAAUUUAGAGAAUUGGAGAAAAAGUGGCGUACGGUGGAUGCCGAGAAAAACCACUUGCAAGAAGAUUUACAAGCAUCCGAGCGAACCUGCCGUACGUUGCGUGCUGAACUGGAUGAAGCUCUCGAGGAACUAUCCGCAGCGACUUCGGCCAGAAAUUCUGCAAUGGAGGAUAAGAAACGUCUAGAGGCUCGUCUUGUGGGCUUCGAGGAUCAGUUAGAAGAGGCGCAAAAUGGCAUGGAUGCAGCCGAAGAACGUUACAAGAGAUCGUUAGCUCAAGUAGACCAGAUCCAGUCGGAACUAAACAGUGAACGGAGCCACGCAAUGCUUCUAGAGUCCCAACGGCAAACCCUGGAUAAACAGGUGAAAGAGCUACGUGAACGGUUAGUCGAAGCCGAGAAGGAAGGUGGUCGUCGGAGCAAGGCACAGCUGGCCACUUUGGAAGCCCGCUUGAUGGCGUUUGACGAGCAGUUAGAGAGUGAAAAAACAGAGAAGAUGAAUGCGACCAAGAAUUGCAGGCGUUUGGAGAAACGCCUAAAGGAGUUGGCCAUACAGAAUGAAGAAGAAAAGCGGGCCGCAGAAGUUGCCAGGGAAUCAUACGAUAAGGCACAGAAUUCACUGAAACGUUUCAAGCGUGAGAUUGAAACACUGGAGGAAGAGAACGCUCAGCUCAAGGUUCAACGCCGGCGACUGCAGCAUGAUUUGGACGAGGCAGCUGAAGCCAAGCGCAUCAUUGAGCGAGAUCUACUCAAUCUGCGAAAACUGCAUCGCGGAGGUCCUCGGACUCUACGUCCACUGCCCGGCAUGUCCGGCAGACCGGGUGAUGAUGCCUCUACGGAGGACAAUCAGUCACUGCACGAGACUGACUCAGUUGGAAGCGGGGACAACUCCACACUCGGGAGGCAGAAUAAUCACACAUCUUAGCGACGAGACGAGAUGGUCCGAAGAUGAAGUCUCAGGCCCUACUACUUUCUCCCAGCGCCCGCAAUUGUUCUCCUAACAUCCACCACGCAAACGUCGCCUACGUGUAUCCUGUCCAUUCCAUCGCUUUGGUCGAAUUUUCUGUAUACCAAAGUGUUGCUCCUCCUGUUUUUUUCGUUUUUUUAACAACCCCUGUUUUUUUCUUUUUUAUCGAUUCUAGCUUUGAGCCUCCGGCUUGUGCCAUACCCCUUCCCUGUUUUGCUAUUUGGUAUAUAUUGCCUUCGUCAUAAGUUUCGCUCGUAUUUGAUUUUAUCAGCUGAAAACCCACCUUAUGCCAAAACACCACAUCGCUGCACACUCUUGUGACUAGCCAUAUUCUCGGCGGGUUACCUGCUUCCCUCCCUUUCCCAAGUGCCUUUUAUGAUGUUUACAGUUCACUUCAUUGGAAUAAACCACGCAACCAAGCAG